GGUAACUCGGUGAAGAGAGCUAUCCGUGCCAGUGCUUGCAUACUUGCAUAAUACUCUGCGUUGAUUGUUGUUGAAUCGUCCUAUAGUUUCCACAUGCAAUGUUAGCCAAUUAAGUGUGUCAUUAAUUUCUAGUCACAUGAUUUUCCCCAUUCAGCUAGGUUUUCUGAUACUUGCUUUUGGUUAUUAUCGAGUGACUCCUAAAAACCUUUUUGCCUAUAGCAUGGGUGUACACCUUUUUAAAGUGUGCAAUAUCUGUGCAAAGGCGUGUAAAUACUCCACACCUAGUGUUGCAAAACUAAGUUAAUGCAUAAAUUUCUAAGUCAUGCGACCAGAAAAAAUUGUGUAUAAACUGCUCUCAUUCUUACAGUGAAUGUUACGAUUGAGCACAAAAGUGAUGGAUGCUGUGGUCAAGAACAGAUUGUUUUGUGUAAAGCUACAGAAACAACAAUAAUUAAUGUAUUGGUAGGGGGUGAGCUACUCGCCUCCUACACUUACCUAAAGAGAGAGCAAAUUAUUGAUAAAGAUGGGUAUCGUAUAAGGGCAACAAAUGCAACAAUGGUGACAGAGUUCGUCAGUAAUUUCGAUAUAGAAAUUGUCUUCAGGACCCUGUCUGAAGAAGUUUCGAUAACAUGUGAUGUUAUUGUUUUCUCCGUCACUAAAAACAUCACAACAAACAGUUUAAAUUGCCUGAGUAUCGGACCUUCUAUAACUUCAUUUAUUUCAAUAAUGGAAAGUAAAGAUGGUGUCACUGUCUCAACGAGGCUACAUGAAGUGAUUGAGCCAAGUGUACUGUCAACUCUCAACUGUGCUGCAACUCUUGAGUGUUUGAACUGCUCAUCUCUUUCGAAACAUGACAUGAUCUUGGAACAAUGUAAAGCAAAUGUGACUCUUGAUGGUGUCGAAGACGGCCAAUAUAUGCUGAGUUUGACAAUUUUUAGUGAUUGCGGGGAAAGAAUUGUGCCACCUCCAACACUUGUAACCCUUGGAGACGGUUAGUUCAUGGCCUAGAGUAGAAUAGCUGGUUGGAUGUUAAUUAAUUUCACAGGGAGCAGCCCAACAGAGACUAGUGCUGGCAUCCUCAUUGUUGCUGUAUUAUUCUUACAUGCUUUUUUAUGAUUUUACAUCCUCUGUUUUGUUUGUAAAAUGUUGUGUGCGGUUCUCCUCGCGCUCGCUUUCCAAAAAUGCCCGUGUAGACAUUCGUUCAUAGCAUUAUGUAUAGGCAUUAGUCAUAGCGCGAG